AUGGUGCUCAUCAAGUCCAUGACCGUUGCUGAGAAGGCCGCCUUGGCCAAACAAGCCGCAGAAGCAGCCGUUGUGCAGACUGGGGGCGAUACGGAGCCGACCGCGGGAGUCAACCCGCCUCCCAAGGCCGCCAGGCAAGGCCGCCACUACCGGCAUCCUCCUCGCAGGUGGAUGGGGUGCUCGAAGACGAGACAGAGAAUGACGCGAUCCUGUGCCACCCUAGACCAUCUUGUGGCCGCGAUCGUGGAUGAACACCAAGAGAGGUUCGAGGAGAAACGCGAGCGGAUGGCGGAGUCCAGGAGGGUUUGGCGGCGGUCGAGGAGGUUCAGGCGACCUUGGUGUCGCUGCAGGGCGGGCGACGAUCCCCACCGGCGGAGGGCGCGGGCGGUGCUUCUGUCGCCGACGGCGGUGGAGGUGGAGGCGGCGCCGUUGUCAGGCGAUGUUGGCGGCCGGGCUGCCGAAUCGGAGCACGCGGGCCACGGCACGCUAGGGCGGAGUGGCGGGACUGGGCUUUUGCCUACGUCGACGGCCCAGGAGGUGGCGGCCCGAAAGGGCAAUGUUAAGAUGCCCGGUUAUGAUGUUGGGCCCACCCAACAAGAGUAUGGGUCGUCAGACUUGGCGGGCUGCGGGGAUAUGGUGGGCCAGACGCGGGAGCCCACCGGGCUAAGGUGGCUAAGCCUGAACCACGAUCAGUACGAUGACGAGCUCAGCUUGGUGGGCGGAAAGGCGCUUUGGGCCGAACCGGACCUUGAGCAGGGCUACUGGGGUUCGAACCAAGGCCUAGAUUGGGCCUCCCGAAUAGUGCCGGGCCAGGGUGGAUGGGGUCGGGCCGGGGCUCGGGCCAGGCGGGGUGGACCAAGCUGA